AUGGACGAAGAAAAGCAGAGCAGCCUGACUACCGAAACGACAAACAAUGACGAUGAAAAAACCGUUGUGAACUGGAAGGGGGACGCUGAUCCGGGCCAUCCCCAUAACUGGUCAAAGUCUCGCAAAUGGUUCAUCAUUGGACUCACGUCACUGACAUGCUUCAAUGGCGCGAUUGUGUCCACUAUAUUUGCCCCGGGGGUUCCCGACGUCCUCGAAGAAUUUGAUGUUUCCAGCGGCUCCAUUGAAUCGUUCAUGGUGACGGUCUACCUGAUUGGCUCAGUAAUAGGGCCGUUGAUAUUGCCUCCUAUUAGCGAAUGUUAUGGGCGGUUGUUGAUCACUCAUGUGUCCAAUGUCGGCUUUUUGUUCUCAUCUAUCCUAUGCGCUGCGGCAGUCAACAUGCCGAUGCUUAUCGUUGCACGGUUCCUGAUGGGAAUUGCGGCCUCAGUGCCCAGCACCGUCGGAGGUGGUAUCAUUGCCGAUUUAAUGGUCGUCGAGGAGCGUGGAACGGCUCUGACUGCUUGGACUAUUGGAAAUUCACUGAGCCAGGUUUUAGGGCCUAUAUUUGGAGGAUACAUAGUUUACGGUGCUGGUUGGCGAUGGACAACAUGGGUGGUUGUCAUCAUCGGAGGUCUAGUCAUGAUUCUGGCUUUCUUGUUUCAGCGAGAAUCACAUGCACCCACUCUUCUCCGACAUGAAGCAGCAAGGCUCGAGAGAAUCACUGGCGUCAUGCAUCGAGCGAGCACAGACGAUGGCCAACCUGCAAGCGUGAAGAUCAAACGUGCUAUCACAAGGCCACUCCGGAUGAUGGUACAGGCACCGAUCGUGACCAUCGCUUCGGGCUACAAUUCCGUAUCCUACACUUACAUGUACAUCUGCAUUACAAGUUUCACGCGGGUGUUCGAAUCCACAUACGGGUUCGACGCCAGCAACGCCGGACUAGCGUACGUCGGACUCGGGGUUGGAUCGUGUCUCGCACAGUUGACAAUCGCAUCCCUGUCGGACCGAUACAUCCAACUACGCAAGUCCCUCAGUAAGUCCGUCAAGCCCGAGCACCGUCUCUUUACGCUCGUGGCGGGUGUUAUCGUUCUUCCGAUCGGGCUGUUCUGGUACGGCUGGACUGCCCAUUAUAAAGUGCACUGGAUCGCUCCCAUUAUCGGAACCAGCUUCGUCGGCUUUGGAAUUAUGUGCGUCCAGCUCAGUGUGCAGCUGUAUUUGGUCGACGGCUUCAGCUACUACGCGGCUAGCGCCGUGGCGGCCAACCUUGCCAUCAAAAGUACCUUUGGGACGGUGAUACCGUUGGCUGGAGCGCCGCUGUAUGAUACCCUGGGUCUAGGCUGGGGCAACAGCCUUCUGGGGUUCAUCGCAGUUGGGUUGAUACCGGCUUCUUUGUUAUUGAUGAGAUAUGGCGAUGGAAUUCGAGUGCGCGGCAAGUUCUCUGGAGAUUCCGGCGACGAUACUUAAAACUGCGGUCCGGUCCUCUAAACUCCAUACACAACCUGGUGUGUGCUGGGUAAGCCGUAAGCUGGAGAAAGUUCCUUGUCAUCUUAAGGUUUGUAUGACGUAGGUAUUCGAAUGAAUCCAGUACCCAUAAAGAACAAGAAUACAUAUUCCAUGUGCACAAAUGAUUUACAG